UUCUCAUUGGCUCUAUGUGUGUUGUCGCGAGAGAAGAGGCCGAGCGAGUGACGUACGUUGAAAACAUGGAGGCCGGAAGCGGCAGGAAGAGGCAGCACGACAAUGAAUUAGAGACAUCAGGCCUGUCCAGUGCGGAAGAGGAUGAUGACAACGACGACGACUAUGCGCCUUAUGUACCCGUCAAGCAGCGGAAGCAGCAAAUGCUGCAAAAGUUGCUGCAGAUGCGCCGUAAGGGGGUGUUGGAGGAGGAACAAAGGGACAGCGGCAGUGAGUAUCAUGGGGAUGAAGAUGACAUUCCUCUGGGUCCACAAUCCAACGUCAGCCUCCUUGACCAGCAUCAACACCUCAAGGAGAAAGCAGAAGCACGUAAAGAGUCGGCUAAAGAGAAGCAACUGAAGGAAGAGGAGAAAAUCCUGGAGAGUGUGGCAGAAGGACGAGCUCUGAUGUCUGUGAAGGAAAUGGCAAAGGGUAUUACAUAUGAUGAUCCCAUUAAAACCAGCUGGAAGGCUCCCCGGUACAUCUUGGCUAUGUCGGAGGCACGGCAUGACCGUGUGCGUAAGAAGUACCAUAUCCUCGUGGAGGGGGAAGGCAUUCCACCCCCUAUCAAAAGCUUCAAAGAGAUGAAAUUCCCACCUGGAAUCCUGCGAGGCCUGAAGAAGAAGGGGAUUCAGCAACCAACCCCUAUUCAGAUACAGGGGAUUCCUACCAUCCUUUCUGGCAGGGACAUGAUUGGCAUUGCAUUCACUGGCUCUGGCAAGACGCUUGUGUUCACUCUUCCUGUUAUCAUGUUCUGCCUGGAGCAGGAGAAAAGGCUGCCGUUUUCCAAGAGAGAAGGGCCAUACGGCCUUAUCAUUUGCCCCUCAAGGGAAUUGGCUCGCCAGACUCACGGCAUCCUUGAGUACUACUGCCGUCUUCUGCACGAGGAUGGGAUGCCUGCCCUACGCUGCGCCCUUUGCAUUGGAGGCAUGUCUGUCAAAGAGCAGAUGGAGACCAUCAAACACGGUGUGCACAUGAUGGUGGCAACCCCAGGCCGGCUGAUGGAUCUUUUGCAGAAGAAGAUGGUCAGCCUGGACGUCUGCCGCUACUUGGCACUGGAUGAAGCUGACAGGAUGAUUGAUAUGGGCUUUGAGGGAGACAUUCGCACCAUCUUUUCCUACUUCAAGGGCCAGAGACAGACCCUUCUCUUCAGUGCCACCAUGCCCAAGAAGAUCCAGAAUUUUGCCAAGAGUGCUCUUGUGAAGCCUAUCACCAUCAACGUGGGACGUGCAGGAGCUGCUAGCCUAGAUGUCAUUCAGGAAGUAGAGUAUGUAAAGGAGGAAGCCAAGAUGGUCUACUUGCUUGAAUGUCUACAGAAGACCCCACCACCUGUUCUUAUUUUUGCUGAGAAGAAAGCAGAUGUGGAUGCAAUCCAUGAAUACUUGUUACUUAAGGGUGUGGAGGCUGUGGCCAUACAUGGUGGAAAAGACCAAGAGGAGCGGACAAAGGCCAUUGAAGCCUUCCGGGAUGGCAAGAAGGAUGUUCUUGUUGCCACUGACGUUGCAUCCAAAGGUUUGGACUUCCCAGCCAUCCAGCAUGUCAUCAACUACGACAUGCCUGAGGAGAUAGAAAACUAUGUUCACCGAAUUGGGCGUACAGGCCGCUCGGGGAAUACUGGCAUAGCUACCACCUUCAUCAACAAAGCCUGUGAUGAGUCUGUGCUUAUGGACCUGAAGGCGCUGCUGCUGGAGGCCAAGCAGAAGGUGCCACCUGUGCUGCAAGUGUUGCAUUGUGGCGAUGAAUCCAUGCUGGAUAUUGGAGGAGAGAGGGGCUGUGCUUUCUGUGGGGGCUUGGGCCAUCGUAUCACAGACUGCCCCAAGCUGGAAGCCAUGCAGACUAAGCAAGUCAGCAACAUCGGGCGCAAAGACUACCUGGCACACAGCUCCAUGGACUUCUGAGUGCCCUCUGCCUUUCGGCUGGCCACAGCCCAGCAAGGGAAUGGACUUUGCUGCUGCUUUGGAAGGCAGCUUCUCUCAAGUGCCACUCCCUCUAUAGCUUCCUGUCGCUAGCUGGAGUGAGGAAAGGAAUCAGGGUAGACUUUUCCCCUUUUUGGAGCCUGUUGCUGCUUCAUCACUGUGGCAUUUGCUGAUCUUGACGCCAGAUGAACAUUGCUCUGUCUCCCAACUCCUGUGGAUUGAGAGAUGUAUAUAAUACAGGAUGCCUUGAGCUACUUUUCUGCAGGGACUUGGUUUUGGCACCACAGGGUGGGCAAUUUGUAGGGAGCAUAUUUUAAGCAGGCUCAAUACUUCUUACUUGAAAGUCAGCCAGCCAGUCCUGCAAUAGUCCAUUGCGUCAGCAGCUGCUGUCAUGCAGCAUUGGGCAAGCACUGUGCUCCAUUCCCCCAGUAGCCAUUUCUGAGGUUUUAUGUACCCCCGUCUGAAUGAAGACAUUCAGCCUUGCUCUGCGGGCCCCACCUGUCUGUUUCUAGCCAUGUCAUGUGCUUCUAGCCACCCUGCUCUAAGAGUUACCCUUGCAGCUGCAGGAAGAGAGCUCUGUUUACCCACCAACGCUCACCAAGUCAAAAGUCCCCUGGGAGCGUCUUUGUCUCCUGGGACUCCUCUGCCUGUUGAACCUCCCUAUGUGCACACAGGCCCCAAAGAGGAAGUCAACAGGCAGAGGAAGUCACCAGUGCUAUCGUACAUCCUGACUCAUCCCUGUGGCAGCCACAACGGUUCACUGUGUCUGCAGACUGCCUCACUUCUCCCUGGGUUGCCUCUUCGGAUCCUGUCCCAUGGAGUGCCCUGUGAAAGAUGGGAUCCUAUAUGUCCAGCAUCCCAAAUUUGGGAAGGUAAAUGGGGAUGUCUGAUUUGGGGGUGGGGUGGGGCAUUCCCAGGGAACCUUUGCUGUAGAGGUGUAUAGAUUCAGUGGCUGUUGUGAGUCUAGUUGAAUUGAGGGGAGCAGUUGCCUCGCCCUUGCCAUGCAGUCUGUAGUGCCUGAGAUGAUGCCCUUUGUAAUGCAAGAUGGUGCCUGCAGUAGUUGUAAUCACCCUGCAUCUGUUUCCCACUUCCUGCUUUGUCACGUUUUGCUAUUGUAAGUGUACAGCCCAAAGUUAGGCUGUCUCUGAAUGUAAAUAAAUUGAUAAAUUAAAA